AUGAAGAGAUCGAUGUCUAACAGUCGAUUAGGUCAAUGGGACGACUCGAACCAUCCUCACAAGAAGCCGAAAUAUUUAGAGUACGAUGCCGAUUCUUCGACCACGAAGAAACCAUCGACCGAUGUAAGAAUUCCAGAAAGCGGUUGGUGGAUGGUGACUCAAUAUCUGGGAAAAGGCUCAUACGGCUCUGUUUACUCAGCCGUGAUCACGACCGACGGUGACGAAGACGAUCUUCCAUACGAGAUUGCCAUAAAGUCUAAUGAAAUCUCAGAAUCAUCACAGAUCAUGAACGAGGAAAGGAUUUUACUUGGUCUCAAGAGCCCAUUCGUUGUCACUUGCUACGGCCACAAGAUAACAGAGGAGAAGAACGAGUAUCCGACAACCAUGUACUACAACACGAUACUCGAGUACUGUCCUAAUCAAUGCCUUGCGAAACACAUCAAGAACUACGAAGGAAGAGGAUUACCAGAGAAUGAUGUCAAGGGACUCGCUACUGAUAUCUUGCUUGGUCUCAAGUACAUCCAUGGAGAGAAGAUCAUUCAUUGCGACAUCAAACCUAAGAACAUCUUACUUGCGCCUGAGAAUAAGAGAAUUAGGGCUAAUGGGUUUGCGGCUAAGAUCUCUGGUUUUGGAAAAGCGAUGGAGACAGAGUCGGUUGAGUACAACGAAGGAUGUGGUCAUAGGAGAGGCACGACGAGGUUUAUGUCUCCUGAGCUUAUAAGAGACAUGGUUUUGGACUAUGGAGCUGAUGUGUGGGCUUUUGGUUGUACGGUUCUUGAGAUGUUGACUGGAGAAAGGGUUUGGGGAGAGCACGGCGAGCUUGAUUGGGAAGACUGGAUUACUCUGAUCGAUGCCUUCUUGAAUGUUGCAUCUGACUUAAACGCUUUUGCAGCCUUCAUGGCCUUCAGAAGCAGAAGACGAAAAGAGACAAUCAUACAAAGAUGA